AUGUCUCAUUGUUUCAUAGGUGUUGGAUGGGUCAAAAUAGCAAAGAAGAGUCCAAAAUGGAGCAAAAAGAGUCAAAUCACCAAGUUCCCAAGUCUAGAGCACCAAAAUCUACAUUUCUCGCUAAAGACCAAACCGGAGCAUCCGAAGUACGACCGCAUAUUCAUGCCUUCCCGACGUCCAAAAGUCAUGAUUCUUAUAUGGAAAGAUAGAUAUUUGAGUCAUGACCCGCGGCGAAGUGGAAAGAGGUCAUUUGGAUCACUCGUUGGACCGGAACUUAUUUUCUACCAAGACAUGUCCGACGAGCGCCUAAGUAGAGCCCAUGGAGACUUUGAUGGAUCAAGAGGCCCGGAUACCGCGCCCAAGGCCUUGGCUCAUCUUGACACUAGCAUAACUCAAUCCAGAAGCUUCCAUUGGCCUGAACGCGGCCCAUUCAAGAACUUGGAGAGCAAGCUCAAGCGGCUAAAGAGAAAUGGAAACUUUCCUCUUCUGCGCGCGCUCAACUUUGCCGACCUAGACCCGCUCUCUACCUAUAUAUACUUGCUUUUAGCCUCUUGUAAUAAGAAUCACCAGCCGCAUAACAAGAAACACUUAUUCAAUAAAGUUCGGAGCCACUUAGGUGGUCUCCUUCUUCUUUCUUUUCUUCUUUUGCAUUUGUACUUGGAGAUGAAUCACAACACCAACAUCCACUUUGGGAACCGGACACUGAUCCCACACGAUCUCCACGGCCGGAGUUACCAAGACCCAGCCGUAAGCAUCGUGCCACAUCCGUUCCCUCCCAACCGCGCUCAUCCGACGUUUGAAGGACCUAGCCGAGACGAGCAUCAUUACCAUCAUCAUCAAAACCGACCUCCGGUUUAUCAUCAACCACCUAGACCAGUGUUGCAUUCACACCACGACCAUGUUCUCAAUAGGCGGAGAGAUAGCCAUUUCGAUGCCGUGCUUGAGGGUUUCAUGGAGAGCCAAAGAAAAACUAGCCGCGACAUUGAGACAAAGCUAGAGUUCACGCGAUACGAACUAGAUGGAAGACUUGGAGAACUCUCUACCCAAAUAGAGAGAGUAGAGUCAAGAUGCUUGGACAUGGAGGAAGAUUUGAAGAAGCAAGGCGAGGCCAUUGAAGACAAUAGGAGAGCGAUACACUUUACCAAAGUUUCUACCAAGGAGAUGGACAAUCACUUAGAUGAGAAGAUCACAAGUCUUGAUAACAACCUCGAUGGCACCACCAAGAGUCUCAAUUCAAUAACAGCAGUAGCUCAUCAAGCUAAGAGGGAGGUAGCCGAAGUAACCCUAAAGGAGAGGCAAUGUUACUCGACGAUGCUUACAUUGGUGGAAGGGCAAAAACAAGUGAAGGCACAAAUCCGAGAUUUACACAUCUCUCUAGACAAGAGGAGCCAAGUGAUGAUAGGAUUUUAUGUGGAUGUGAUAUGA